UCAGAUGCUUUAUUAUGUGUAGGCCUGUGUGUACAAGAAGUUAAUAGUUGACGUUUACAAAUUAUGUCAAAUUCCGCACUUUCAUUGGGUUAUAGAAGACUUUUUUAUCUUGUUUUACCCAAUGAAACAUCAUAUGAAAAGCUGGAAGAUGUCCCAGGAUAUGUAGAACAGGCGUUCCCCUUCUUUGUCAGCCUUAUCAUCAUCGAGUGUCUUAUCCUCUUUCUUCAAGGGAGACCACUUCCUAGGGCAAAUGAUGGUAUGAGUUCAUUAAGUGCUGGGCUGGUUUCACUGCUACAUAGUUUGGUGUUUCGUCCAGUGGAGCUAUCUGCCUUUGUCUGGGCCUAUCAUCACUUUAACAUCAUCACACUACCCUGGAAUUCUCCAUAUACCUGGUGUCUCACCCUGACUGGGGUAGACUUUGCUUACUACUGGGUUCACAGGUUUGGGCAUGAAGUGAAUAUAAUUUGGGCAAGUCAUCAAACACAUCAUAGCUCACAGGACUACAACUUCACCACAGCUCUGCGCCAGUCAGCCUUCCAGAAGUACUUCUCAUGGGUGUUCUACAUGCCACUGGCUCUUUUUCUCCCACCAUCUAUCUUCCUGGUUCAUAUUCAGCUAAACCUUCUCUAUCAGUUCUGGGUACACACAGAGGUGGUGAAAAGUCUGGGUUUCCUUGAGUAUAUAAUCUGCACCCCCAGUCACCACCGUGUCCACCAUGGCAGGAAUCAGUACUGCAUUGACAAGAACUAUGGAGGUGUUCUGAUCAUAUGGGACAGGAUCUUUGGCACAUUUGAAGCAGAAAGACCUAAUGAAGAAAUAGCUUAUGGUUUAGUGCACAGUCUUAACUCCUGGAGUCUGCUGUACACACAGUUCUGUCACCUGAAGUAUAUACUCAGUAGACUGACAGAGGUAAAAAGUGUGUUUGAGGGGUUGGGGGUCCUGUUUAAGGGGCCUGGAUGGGCCCCAGGGAAACCCCGGCUUGGACUCCCUGAGGACAUUCCACAGGUAGAGUGUCCAGUUGAGAAGUACAAUGUUAGUAUUGCCAUGUGGCAUACUGUUUAUGUUUGGAGCCAUUUUGCUGUCUGCAUUCUCCUUUACCUCAUUUUGACAUCAAAUACAACUAGGCUGUCGGUGUUCAUGAUCUACAUAGGCCUGGUUUUCAUAGUUGUCUCCCUUACCUCAUUUGGCGCUCAGUAUGACAACAGGUGGUACGCUGGCUGGCUGGAAUGUGCCCGGUGUUCUGCUGCCCUACUCUAUCUCUGGAUUACCUGGUCUCAACUUUAUCUUGUGUACCCAUCAAUGGCCCUCCAAACUGUUCUUGUGCUCUAUCUAGUAUCAGCCAUUGCCUGGGGUGUAGUCAGCAUAACACAAGCAGCUCACAAAUCAUUACGUGGGAACAUUCCAAAGAAAUAUCUUUAACCUUGAGUUUAAUAUGCAGCUUUGGCACGUUAUCAGAUUUUCUAACUGUGUUUUGAAUUCCUUUUUUUUUUUAAAAGAGCAUAGUUUUAUUGAAUGUAUAUGAUAAAAAAUUUGAAAAUGCUUCUAAGUGAAAAGAGGUAGUAUGUGAUUAUCUGAUUGCUACCUCGUGCUAUACUCCAAAAGUUUGCACUAAUUUGACGACAGUCACAUUUAUGAGUGGAGCCGAUCAAAGCUCCAUGUUUAUAGCCUCACCCUUCACCAGGUACCUUGCAAACCCACAAUUAACCCCAUACCAGCUAGAGCUCUACUCUUGUGACUUGAUUGGUCAGAGUUAAGCAGAGUGUGAAUAUACAGAGGAAAAUCAGAACAGACUUAUUAAUGGUGGAGUAUUUGUUUUUAAUGUAAUAAUUUAAUGUUUGUUUUAUACUCUGUAAUUAAAGAUGUACACCAUAGAGCCCCAAAACGGGAGCAGUGAUGACAGUGUGAUAGCUGGUCACGCAUAACCUGUGAAAACCUGGUCUCUUGACAAUUUACCUCAGUCAGGGUUUUAUUUUAACUGUUCAUGUAAAUUCUUAAAUAGUAACCAAUUACACUCUGUGUCUUUUUGCCUGCCUGAAAAACUGCAAAAAAUUCUGUUUCUGAAUGCCUGUAUUGGUGUUCGGUGUUUGUUGUCAAAGCUUAGAAUGUGUUAUGUGUACAUUUUGAGUAUGUAUAUGUUAAAAAAAAAAACUUUAUUUAUACUGUGUGUAUAAAUUUUUUUACAUGUUUACAAAUUUGUGCAUUGCAAUUUCACAGUCAUCAGUCUGUCGGUUUUAUACAUUAUUUAAGUUUCUCAGCCUAAAUUAGUAUUUUUGAACAUAAACUUCUAUAUACUUUACAUGGGCCCUUGAACACUAUUAGAUGUGUUUAAUCUUGGAAUUGUCAUUGAGUCACAUAUUUUGUUAAACAAACAGCCACACUGGUAUAAAUGUGAUGAAUAUUUGUGAUAAUAUUAUAUUAUAUUAUAUUGAUUUUAUGUCAUAUGACAAUAUUUCUAACUAAAGUUUAAGAAUUUUCUGUUUAUGUUGGACAUCGUUUGGACAAUUCUGUUACCUCCUUGUGGAAUACUGGUAUGCCUCGAAGUUUGGAGACCUCGAAUGAAACCAGGGUCGGAAAAUAACAAAAGCCUUUAAAAAUGGUACUUCUUGCUGUCUCGCUUAGUACUCAUCACUUAGAGGUUAGGGCAGGGAAACAAGACUGGUUGGGUUGUCUUUUGUCUUCGCACAAUGCUUCAGUGGCGAAGACACUUUGGCGGCAUGGUUUGACUGGUCGGCCCGGUGUUAGUAUAAUGUGACUGG